GACUUCCCACUUCAGCUGAGGAAGGAAAAAAACAGCCCCGGAACGUUCGAAACAUGAGUUGCUCCCUCUCAAAAAGACUUACAGAGAAACUGCUCUUAAAACGGACAACCAUUUCUGGCUCUUUCUCCAAGUGUCUCUUCGUUUCAGGGAAAUCAAUAAGGAUCGUUCUGCUGCUAUCUCUUGCCUUACAAGAUAAUUUUGUGCAUUUCAACUUUUGAAUAUCAAGUUGAGGAUUAUUUCUUUAUUUUUCUGUAAUAAAAUAUGCCAGGUCGGUUUACUCUUAUUUUUCUUCGGAAUUCAAUAUGUUGCAUUUUGUAUGCUGUUUUACGGGUAGGAUAAGGAAACAAAAAAGGUGUGACAAGCGCUUGACGGAAAACUGGGCUUCUGCACUUAGCCUAACUCCUACCAAAGGGGGAUGAGGGGGCAUCAAGCGGAUUCCCCUCUAUGAUUGAUUAGUUAUUAGUCAUCACUUGGCUAAAUGAAACCAAUUGAAAAGGCACCGUGGAACACAUGCAUGAAUCAAAAACUCCUGUGUCCCUUGAAUGUGUCCUGUAGAGUCUUACUUUUGCUUAAACGUAAAAGGAAAGGGGGUCGUGGCUUAAGAAUAACAGUAUCGCUUUAUGGGUUUAUUUAGACUGAUUCUACGGUUUUGCAAGCGGCUAUAAAAAGAGAAAAACAACUCGAGAACCUCUCAAAGAACAUUGUUGACGAACGAAUUUUAUAGGCUAGUUAUCCAAAUAUUUAUUUUUAGAUUUUUGUCAUCUUAUCCAUACUGAAAAUGAAACUUUGGACCUCUCCCUGGCUGCCAUGCCUCGUGAUACUCAUCUUGUGUUUUGGAUCAGAGUGCGGGACUGUCCGAAGAAAAGAGAGAUCCAAGAGGGACUUGGUGCGUGUAAGGGAGGCGAGAGCCAAUUUCCCAGGAUCUUGUGCCACACGUCUGCCCCGGGGCAAACGUUCUUUGGCCGACGUGGAAAGACGGGUGCCUCGCCAGCUUCGGCUCUCUUCUCAUGCGGAUAACUAUCCGGGUCGGGGAAAACCUGUCUAUUUCACCGGCAGGGGUGACCAGCUCCGGCUUAAACCAGGCGUGGAGAUACCCAGAGGAAAUUUCACUUUGGAGAUGUGGAUCAAACCAGAGGGAGGUCAACGAUCCCCCACGGUGAUUGCAGGCCUGUAUGACAAGUGUUUCUACGCCUCCAGUGACCGUGGCUGGCUGGUGGGUAUCCGAGCAGUCAGCGAGCAGAGCAACCGGGACCCCCGUUUCUUCUUCUCCCUCAAAACUGACCGUGCCCAUAAGGUGGCCUCUGUACACUCCAAUGCUCGGUAUCAGCCUAAUCAGUGGGCGCACCUUGCCGUCACCUACGAUGGCCUCUACAUGAAACUUUUUGUCAACGGUGCCCAAGUGGGUGUCAGUCGAGAGCAAUCCGGAGACGUCUUCAGUCCCCUAACAAAAAAGUGUAAAGUGCUGAUGGUGGGGGGGAACGCAUUAAAUCAUAACUACCGUGGAGUGGUGGAGAGGGUUAGUCUAUGGAGACAAGCCUGGGGUCAAAGGCAGAUUAUCAGGGACAUGCAGGGUCAUGAAAAUCCUGAUGCAGCCGAUUUAGUUAUCCGGGAGACCUUUGAAAACCCAUCUAGAAAAUGGCUGACUGUGAAAGACGGUAGUUUUCCUCAACUGGAAGUGGGUGGGAACAGUCGGGCAGGGCUUGGAGGGUUCCUGGACACUACCUUAAAUCCCCCGCAAUGCGGUCAAACCAUCUGCGACAGUGUGGAAGUUGUGACCAACUACAACCGUUUCUGGACUUUUCGGCGGCCUAAGAUGGUGCGAUACCGUGUCAUCAACAUUUGGGAUGACACCAGGCAAAGACCCACAGUCACACCACAGCAGAUACACCUGCAGCACCAACACCUUAAUGAUGCGUUUAGUGUUUACAACAUCACAUGGGAGCUGAGCGUUCACAACAUCACAAACUCAUCGCUCCGCCAUCGAUUGAUCCUUGCCAACUGCGACAUCAGCAAAGUGGGUGACGAGACUUGUGAUCCGGAGUGUAACCACACUUUGACGGGCUUUGAUGCAGGUGAUUGUAAGAGGCACAGAAGCCGCUGUCCUGAAUACAAGCAGGGUAAUGGUGUGUGUGACCCAGAGUGUAACUGGGACAACUUCUUCUAUGACCAUGGUGACUGCUGCAACCCAAAGGUGACAGAUGUGACCAAAACCUGCUUUAAUCGGUCUUCCCCUCACAGGGCCUAUUUGGACGUGAAGGAGCUGAAAGAAAUCUUGAAUUUGGAUGGCUCCACUUACCUAAAUGUGUUCUUUGCCAACUCAUCUGAUGAAGAUUUGGCAGGCGUAGCCACUUGGCCCUGGGACAAGGAAGCCCUAACACAUUUAGGUGGCAUUGUUCUGAACCCUUCCUUCUAUGGCACAUUUGGUCACACCCACACCAUGAUCCAUGAGAUUGGCCACAGUCUGGGGUUGUACCAUGUAUUCCGGGGGAUCUCUGAGAUUGAAUCAUGCAAUGAUGUGUGUCUGGAGACUGAACCCUCGUUAGAGACAGGAGACCUAUGUGCAGAUACCAACCCAACCCCAAAAUAUAAACACUGCAGAGACCCAGAACCAGGCAAUGACACCUGUGGCCGCCGACAUUUCACACACACACCAUACAACAACUACAUGAGCUACGCAGAUGAUGACUGUACAGACUCCUUCACCCUCAACCAAGUGGCCAGGAUGCAUUGCUACCUUGACCUUAUUUACCAAACCUGGCAACCGAUGGCUAAACCACCCCCAGUGCCUAUGCCGCCUCAAGUUGUGGAACAACAACAUGAUGCCAUCACUCUGGAGUGGUUCCCCCCCAUCACUGGACACUUCUAUGACAGAGAAGUGGGAUCAGUGUGUGACAAAUGCACCGAGGGCCGGGUCCUGCUUCAGUACGCCUCCAACUCCUCUUCCCCCCGCCCCUGUGCCCCCUCAGGUCACUGGAGCCCUCGCGAGGCUGAAGGCCCACCGGAUGUGGAGCAGGCAUGUGAGCCUAGUGUCCGCACAUGGAGCCCAAACGCAGGAACCGAGCAGGGAGUUGUGGGACUGUCGGAAUGCCCCUUCCAAGGAUGCAUGCUACAACUGGAGUUUGCUCACCCCCUGGUGCCUGAGUCCCUCACUGUGUGGGUCACCUUCUUCAGCCCGGAGGAAACUGCCUUACCUGCCAUUCACAACAUCCUCUUACUUACAGUUAGUGGAAACAACCUGUCAUUGGGUCCUAGUGAUGUGUUCUGUGAUACACCGUUAACUCUUAAGCUCGAUGUGGAGGAAGAAGUGUACGGGGUGCAGUUCUUUACCAUGGAGCAACACCUGGAGAUUGAUGCAACCCUCCUGACAUCCAAGCCAGAUUGUCCACUGUGUCGGCACCUCCAGCCACUCCGCCAUCGCCUGCUUCGCAAUCCACCAUUUACCCACGCCUCCAAUGGUCUGCUGUUGAAUGACCCUACCAGGCGAUAUACAGACAGGGAUGUGGCGCCAGGUGGUGUGUAUACCUACCAGGUUCAGACCAUCUCCAGUCAUAAUGAGAGUGAGCCCUCACCCCCUCUCAUCCACCAGCUUGGUGCGCCAUACUGUGGAGAUGGCCACAUCCAGAGAUCCCAGGGAGAGGAGUGUGAUGACAUGAACUCGAUGAAUGGGGAUGGCUGCUCCAGCCAAUGCAAGAAGGAACCUUUUUUCAACUGUGUUGAGGAGCCCAGCAUGUGCUAUUUCUAUGAUGGCGAUGGUGUGUGCGAAGAUUUUGAGAGGGAGACCAGUUUUAGGGACUGUGGCUUGUACACGCCCAGUGGCUUCCUGGACCAGUGGGCAACUUCUGUGGAAGUGUCACACGAAGAAAAGCUGUACUGUCCUGCCGAGGUUGCCGCUGGCUACCCCCUUGUCACAAAGACAUGUCAGUCCAAGGUAUUUGACCUGUCUGAUGGGGUCUCACAGUAUGCCUGGUUCCCAUGUGAAGAGGCCCAGCAUUCCUCCUCAUACCCUCAUUACUGGCUCAAGGCUUACUUCUCACACCCCAUGGUGGCUGCAGCAGUCAUCAUUCACCUGGCAGCUGAUGGUACUGGCUAUGUAGACCAGACCCAGUGUAAUGUCACCAUCCAGCUGGUGGACACUAAAGAAGCCAUCCACAGCUUGGGCGACUGGCGUUUGAGUUGUCGGACAAAUCCACUGGUGAUACCUGUAAACCACGACCUGAGCAUGGCAUUCUACCACACCAAGGCAAUCCUGGUCAUGUUCCGUUCAUCGCUGGUGGCAAUCUCCGGUGUGGGCUUACGUUCCUUCCAGUACUUUGACCCCAUCACCAUUAGUGGCUGCCAGAGCAAUGAGAUCUACAACCCCGUGGGCCAAAGCUGUGUCCAUUACUCGUGCGAGGCCAUUGACUGCCAGGAGCCUCCAAUCCGCAAUGCAGAGCUCAAGUGUAGCAGUCUGGGCUACUUUAACGGCGCACGUUGCACCAUCACCUGCAACUCAGGCUACAUCCUACAAAUCCACAGGGAUGAUGACAUCAUGAAGACCAAGGCAGAAUCCACUGUGACCAUCACGUGUGCCAACGGCAAAUGGAACAAGCAGGUGUCGUGUGAGCCGGUUGACUGUGGCCUACCAGACAAAUACCAUGUCCAUCCUGCUCACUUUACCUUUCCAGAGGGAACCACCUAUGGUAAAAAGAGCAAAUUCCAAUGUAAAGAGCCUGCUCAGCUCAUAGGUACAAACAACACACUCACUUGUCUGGAGGAUGGCCUGUGGUCCUUUCCGGAGGCGCUGUGCGAGCUGCGCUGUCCAGCUCCAGCCCCAGUGCCCAGCGCUGUCUUGCAGACUAAGCGCUGCAAUGAAACCGGUCUCAAAGUGGGUUCCCUCUGCAAGUACAAAUGCAAGCCAGGCUACCAUGUCAUGAACAAGCCCAAGAGGCGAGCAUUCAAGCGGCAGUGCACAGAGGAUGGGAGUUGGCUGGAGGGGGAGUGUGUGCCGGUGACCUGUUCCCCCCCUCCACCGGUUUUCCAUGGCAUGUUUGAGUGCACCGCCGGCUUCCACUUCGACAGCACCUGCCGCCUCAACUGUACAUCCCUCAGCACCGCCGAUGCCACCAACCACACGCACUCCAAUGUGAUCCGCUGCAGGAAGGAUGGCAACUGGACUGGAUCGUUCCGCCUCUGCCCUCAGGUCAAGGGCCAGUGUUCUAUACCUCAGAACCUGAACUACAAUGUGCGAGCCAUCUGCAAGAAAGGACAUGGAAUAGGUGAGGAGUGUGACAUGAUGUGCUCAGACAGUAGCAACGACAUUGUGAUCCUACCUAGCAACAUGACAUCAGACAGCGUUCUCAAAGAGCACUGGAGAAAUCCACCCAAAGUCAAGACCAUAGUAUGUACCAUGGGACUGAAGUGGUAUCCACACCCAGCACAACUUCACUGCAUUAAAGGAUGUGAGCCGUUCAUGGGAGACAACUAUUGUGACUCAGUCAACAACAGAGCAUUCUGUAACUAUGACGGAGGGGAUUGUUGCCACUCCACUGUCAAGACCAAGAAGGUGAUUCCAUUCCCCAUGUCCUGUGAUAUACUGGAAGACUGUGCUUGUCGAGACCCUAAAGCCCCAGAAAAACUUAGUGGACGAGACCCCAGUGGCCAAGAGAAUGAUCAUUCUCUGGGCUGACCCUUCUGGACUUCGACUAAAUUCCCCAGAACCGAGACCCUUGUCCCCCAACAAUACAGUAAACCCAUACUGGGACUGGUGGGGAACCCCCCACCCCUCUCUUCUAACCUCCUCCAUAUGCUGCUUAAAGAUGUACUUCUCCAGCCAUACUGCACCCCAAGUCUGCCGCCGGCCUCAUUGAAAGAUUGUAUACAUCGAUGAAAUACUGUAUAUAGAAAAAGUCCAGACAUGAGGUCAAACUAAAAUAAUUCCCAACAGAAAGUAAACCCUGCAGAGUCCUUAAAACGCUGACAGAAAAAAAAGAAAUAUAAACAGCAAAAAAACAAUACUUUUUGGAAUUAAAGAAAACAUUUUUAAAAAUAUCCACAAAAUACGAAAUUUUGCCAAGAUUGGAUGCAUGCCUUGUGUUCCGUUUUGUGCCAUCUUUGUGUAUAUUUCAGUGACUUUUCUAUCCAAGCUCAUAACUUUCUUUGAAACCAAAAGAAAGAAAAUCUUAGGGGAUCCUUCUCUUGGUUGUAAAAUAUAAAGUUUUAAUCUGUGGUACUGAAUGGAAUAGAAUUUUUUUUUUUUAACGGACUAAAACACUAUUAGUAUGAAAGUACUUGACGUCUUAUGUUGUUUGGCUAGAAAGCUUUACAUAUGCCAUUUCAGAUUUUAGUGCGUAUUCAAAUUGCCCUUUUUUUAUAUAUAUGCAUUUUCAAUAGGCAUCACCGCUAGAGGAUGUAAACAUCCUCUCCAAACAUCUUUGUAAAAAGGAUCCUUUUUACAAAGAUGUUAAAUAGGAAUGAAUUAGGGGUUUGCUGAGUAGCCAUUUUGAAGACAUUAUGAAUAUUAAGAUUUGUAUAUACCACAGAAACGGGGUUGAACACAGGAGGUCUUUUUUUUACGAACCAGAAAAAAAUAAAAUGUUGUUGCGACGCAAAUUCCAACCAGUUGUAUUAACAUGGCAUGGCUUCUGCUGCUGUGUUUCCUGCUACGUUGUCAUGCAAUCUAAUUGCAGACCUUUAUAAGAGGUGGAAGACCUGUCUGUCAUAAUGCCUAAACUUCCUAUCAAAUGUAUUUAUGGACACACGUUUGCUUAUGCAUGCAUGCUUAAACCCACAGUACACAUCCCACAUUGCACCAUAGCAUUAAUAAGAGUGAGAACAGAAAAUAUGCACGACAAACUUUCAAAAACCUAACACCUCAUUUCUCAAACCAUUUUAUUGCAGUAAAUCUAGUAAAUUCUUAAAGUAUAGAUUAGAACGCUCCAGAACAUUGACCACGACUUCAAGAAUGUGACCCACGCCUUGUCUUGAAUGUAGUCAAUGUUUGCAGACCUGCUUCUUCAGUUCAUAGGUUUUGCUUAGAAUGUGCAAGCACACACUACCCUAAACAAUGUUCUGCCAGUGGAGUGCAUGUGCUUUGUGCAUACAGUUAAUACAUUUUAUGUGUGUUAAACCUGUGCUGCAGGUUUACCUCAAACUGUUAGGAUGUAUUUGUAGCAAGUUCAAAUUUAGAGCAGUAGCAGUUCUUAAAGCCAAUGGAUCCAAUCUAAAGACAGUAUGUAGUAGUAUUGCCUCUUCUAUUGUUUCUAUGGUGUUGCUGUUUGUGCAUCCCUAAUUUUAAAGUUUUGUGACCUUGAUACGUUACACCCACCAACCACAACAACCUUUAACUUCAAUAGAUCUUUGGCUGCUAUUCUGCAUGCUUAAUUUAAUCUUCAUAUACUGUUAAACACACAUCAGGCUUUACCUUAUUUACAUUGAAAGACUGCUCGGCAUGUGGUCCACAGUUUGCUGCUCCAAUGCUUAUCCAUUACAGGGCCAACUGCUUAUGAACCCGUACAUAUAUAGUAUCAUGUCAUAUGUAUGCCUAUCCAAUGGCAUGGACACUCAGACCAAUCAUUGUCAUAGCUAUUUAUAAAAUUAUACCUGUAGAUUGUAACAUGCAAUCAGAAAACAACGUUUAAGGUCAAUGCUGUCCAAUGUCAAGUGAAGAAAGUAUUAGUAGAGAACAUAUGACAAUACCACACAAGGCAAGGAAAGAAGUAUUCUCAGUCAAUACUAUGUAAAUUGUACCUGUUUUUGAAUACUUUUUAAACCUAGGGAGGUGGGAUGUUUCAUUGCUAAUUUUCACAUUUAUCUUUUUAUUUUUGCUAACUAUAUUUAAUCAGUAUUUUUAUUAUUGACCUCAGUUACUGCACUUUUAGAUGCCAUUAAAGAAGACAUUUUUUAUUUAAGUCAAAACCUUUAGAAGCUGCUAUUAUCCGAAGAGGAUUUAAAAUAGUGUAUGAUGUCCGGUCUCUUGAAUCUCCUAUGGUAUUGCUACUAUAAUAGCUAUCCUGUGAUUAGUAUUCCCACUAGAUUUGCACCUGACAUUAUUAAGCCAAAUAGGAAGCCAAUGUUAAAUAUGUUUUGUAUGCUCAUCUUUCUUGAAUUCUGUACAUCUCAAGGUGGUAUCAAGACUUAUUUGAGAUUUGUGGCAUUUCUAUGUAGGAAAAAAAAGGCUGCACAUUGAGACAUUAUGUGAAGACAUUAAUGCAUUUUGUUCCUCUUGACAAGCUAUAUAAUUUCUGUGGUUCAUAGUUUAUGUAAUCCACCAUAUUUGGUGUGAAUUGUGGAGCCUAAACCAAUGACACACAAAUGGAGAAGGAAUGCUAAAUGAAGGGAUAACCAAAAAGGGACUCAGCAAAUACUUUUAGAAUUUUUAAAGAUAUGAAUAAUGGAUGUUUUUUAAGACAGCUUUGACAAUUGCAUGUAACACUUUAUACUUAAUAUAUAUCCGUGGUAAAAUGAAUUGUACAAUGUAGAUAUUAUUGAAAGGUAUGUAAUAAUCCUCAAGAUACUGAUGCUUUCAUUAGAGAUUGAACUGCAAUCGCUACAUAAUUCCAAUGUCAGUACUGCAGAUUUGUCUGUCAAUUGAACCUUUGGAAAGCGAUUUUAUACCAUUUGUAUGGACCUAUCUAAGGGUUCUUUUGUGAUUAGAUUGCCUACCUUCAAUCUUAAACUGAAAAGACUUUAAAGUUUGAAGACCUGACAUCUCCCCCUUACUUUCCAUCAUACAUACCCCUCCUUUUAACACCAUUCCAGGUUGUAAUUUUCAUUAUUUUUGGCCAAAUAACAGUGAUCAUAUAGAACAUUGGGAGAAGGAUACAGGCUACAGACUGUGACUGCUUGUGUUUAAACCAUGUCUGACUCAAUAUAUGUUGAUAGUUUGGUUGAAGUUUUGCCAUUGGUUCUUUAUAUUCGACAAGGUACCGUUCGUUCAUAAGCCAUAAUGCAGAGACUUUAAUGGAAUGAUGUUUUCAGAUUAGAUGUUUGAUUUGAGGACUUCACCUCUCUACUGUAACCACAGGAUCCCUUGCUGUACCUCAUGCCUGUAAUGUUUGCUGCUUCUAUAUUUUGGUAUUUUAGUAACUUUUUGCAUCUCUUACCAUUAGUGUAAAUAGUAGAACUAUUUAUUGAGAGUGUUAUACUUUUUUAAGUUAUAUUUAAUGUUCAUGUAAGUUAUUUUUUACAUUGCUCUUAUAAACAGACAUUGGUUGUGAGUCAAAACUGUUUGUGUGUCGCAAAGUGCUUUUCAAAAUAUACUCCUGCACCACAACCACGAAAGCAGUUGACAU